AAACCUACAAAUAAAAUACAAUAAAAGAAAGAAGAAAGUGUUGAGAAUGUUAUGCAAACAUGGCCAGCUCAAUGUUUAUAUUGUAAGAAGUUGUCUUCAUCUCAACCUGUUUUUGUAUUUUCUGCUUUGUUAUUAAGGAUGAAACAAAUAUCCAUCUUUGGUUAGAGAAAAAGAGUCAGAAUUGUGUUGAGAAAUGAAAGGAAGAGCCUAUGUAAUGAUCUUCUUCUUCUGGGCUCUUCUCACUAUCAUCACCCCAAUGCUAGUUAGCUGGUCUCAGGCUCUCAAAGAACAUAACAAAAAGGACUCCGGUCCAAGGCGAAUGAUGGGACAUUCAGUAGAAAUGUUUCUGACAAGAGAGAUUGUUGAACGCUUAGAAGAAGAAGAGUUGAUGAUGGAGCCGUCAAUGGCGCCUACCCCUGAAGAUAACCCUGUUUUACCUUCCAAGAAUCAAACUUCAAAGAGGAUAAAACAACAAGAAGGAUCAGUCACUAAACAUAAACAUCCCAUGAGUUCGCGAUAAAUUUCUCUGAAUAUUUUCUUUUCAUUGUCUAUCUCCGCGAGACUAUAUUUAACUUGUUCAUAAACACUCGGUUUGUUUUUGGAUAUACGAAAGCUAAUGCUCGUGAGAGCAGUCCUUGUACAUAUGUUAAAUUGGCAUUCAUUUGGAAGAA